AUGGCUCCCUUCACUCCUCGUGGCGGUAGUCGCGGCGGCGGUCGUGGUGGUUUCGGCGGCGGACGCGGUGGUGGUGACCGUGGUGGCUUCGGCGGCCGUGGUGGUGGCCGCGGAGGCUUCGGUGGUGACCGUGGCCGCGGUGGUUUCGGUGGACGCGGUGGUGGUCGUGGCGGUGGUCGCGGCGGUCCUGGAGGUGCUCGUGGCCGUGGAGGUGUCUCCAAGGGCGGCAGAGGCGGCCGUGGAGGUGCUGCUGGCGGUCAGAAGGGAGGCCAGAAGGUCAUCGUGGAACCCCACCGUCACGAGGGUAUCUUCGUCGUCCGUGGCAAGGAGGACGCUAUCGCAACCCGCAACAUCGUUCCCGGAGAGUCCGUCUACGGCGAGAAGCGCGUCUCGGUCGACAACCAAACCCAGAACGAGGACGGCACCACCACAACCACCAAGAUCGAGUACCGCGUGUGGAACCCCUUCCGCAGUAAGCUCGCUGCCGCCGUCAUCGGUGGUCUUGAGAAGCUGUACUUCGGCCCCGGCUCCAAGGUCCUCUACCUCGGUGGUGCUUCCGGUACCUCAGUCUCCCACGUUGCCGAUAUCGUCGGUCCUACUGGCUUCGUUUACGCCGUCGAAUUCUCUCCCCGCUCCGGUCGUGAUCUGAUCGGCAUGGCUGCCAAGCGCACCAACGUUGUCCCCAUUGUCGAGGACGCCCGCCAACCCCUCAAGUACCGCAUGCUUAUGCCCAUGGUCGACUGCAUCUUCGCCGAUGUUGCCCAACCCGACCAGGCCCGUAUCGUCGCCAUGAACGCUCACCAAUUCCUCAAGGUUGGCGGUGGCAUCCUCAUCUCCAUCAAGGCCAACUGUAUCGACAGUACUGCCCCCGCUCACAAGGUCUUCGCCAUGGAGGUCGAGAAGCUGAGAGGAGAGCGCAUCACCCCCAAGGAGCAGCUUACGCUAGAACCCUUCGAGCGUGAUCAUUGCCUCGUCGCUGCCGAGUACUCACGCUAUGCGAAAUAA